AUGGAUAUUUCUCAUAUUCAAGCUUAUACGCAGAGCUUGGUGAAUCGAAAAAGGCAACAACUAGCUGCUCAGGAGCAUGAUCGGGGCCAACAUAAGAGAGCCCAGUCUAUAGGUGAUAUGGGAGAAUCACGAGGUGAGGAUGCGGAGGCGACGUCUUCAACCCUUCAAUUAGUUUCGGUUGUUAGUGAAUUUCCCGAUGUGUUCCCUGACAAGCUCCCGAAAGUAGAGCAUUUGCGAAAGGUCUUACACUCACUUCAGGAUCACAAGUUGUACGCCAAGUUUUCAAAGUGCGAGUUCUGGCUGAACUCGGUGGCGUUUCUUGGGCAUAUAUUAUCAAAUGAGGGUAUCAGAGUUGAUAGUCAAAAGGUUGAAGCAGUUAAGAAUUGGGAAAUGUCCACAUCUCCUGCUGAGGUAGGCGACUUCUUGGGCUUAGCCAUUUACUACCAAAGAUUUGUGGAGAAUUUCUCAUCUAUAGUUACUCCACUAACAAAGUUGAUGUACAAGGAAGCUAAAUUUCAGUGGACCGACACUUGUGAAAAGAGGUUCCAAGAGUUAAAGGACAAGCUAACCUCGACACCAGUUCUAGCGCUUCCUAAGGGACCCGAGGGCGGAGGAUCCAUAGUUCAAAACACUGUCGAAACCUUGGUAGUAGCCGAAGUAAAAACACGACAACUUGAUGAUCCAGCCCUGGUGAAGAUAAGAGAAAGCAUUCCCUUUCAAAAGAAGCAAUUGUUCAAGUUAUCCGAGGACAGGGUCCUUAGAUACAAAGACUGGUUGUGUGUGCCUGAUGUCGAAGGAUUCUGA